UAAUUAUACUAAGAAAUGGGAAACAAUUGAUGUGCUGCCAAGAGAAACGAGGAUAAUAACUUGAAGAAAGGUGAUCCCCAGCAUUAUGUGCAAGAGACUCCGAAAGAAGAGAAUAAAAAGAAGAAGAAAAGAGUUAAGAAAAGGAAACACACUGGGAUAAGAGCAAUAAAUGUCAAUAAAGAUAAUUCCAAGAGUUCAAAAUACCGUAUUAACACUAUGGUGCCUAAAAGGAGUGAGAAAAUACACCAGGAAGAUAAAUCUAGUGAUAAUUUAACUAACGAAAUUUCUGAGAACCUUAGCAGUGAAGAAGAUGAUAGCUUUGAUGAGGACAAUACUAAUGCUCCUCCCCUCAGACAGUUUAAAAGCCAACACCCUCAAUCAAGUGUUAAUCAAACGAAGUUAGAUAAUUCUCUUGGAAUGGGAAACAAAGUUAUCAGCAUUUGUAGUGCAAUGAGUUCAGAAAUAAAAUAACGUCAGAAGUUCUCAAAAGCUCAAAGCUAAACAUUUUGGAGAUAACGGAAGUUUUAAUGGGAAUACUAAUAAAAGGAAAACCAAACGUAGUUCAAUGAGAUAUAAAGACAGAAGGGCUGAGGAAAAAUUUACAGGGACUGCGAUUGGUCUUGAUACAGGAAUCGAAUUCAAAAAGCAUGUUAACCGCAAAACUAAGAAGAAGAAUCAGUAUACGAUGUUUGAUGUAAUCAAUAGUUAGCCUUACCUCCCUAUGUUGGCAU